AUGCCUUCAUCCAAGUGGAAAAAAAUGUUAAUAGCAAAACUGCAGGGGCUGGGCUUUGCCCCCGAUACAUUAUUGGCCCUAGGAUAUCCUAAGGCCAAAGCAGCUAUUAAGGAAUGUAUUUGGGACAUUGAACUUCAAGAACAUGAUGCCAUGUUUGUGUUCCUUUCAGAUGUUUGGUUGGAUCAAGCAGAAGUUUUGGAGAAGCUUCGCAUUAUGUUUUCAGGUUACUCCUCCAUGCCUCCAACUUGCUUCUUCUUCUGUGGGAACUUUUCCUCUGCUCCAUAUGGAAAAAAUCAAAUCCAGUCACUGAAAGGUUCAUUGAAAGCCCUUGCAGACAUAAUAUGCGAAUAUCCCAGUAUCCAUAAGAGGCCACCGCUUACUGAAAACAUUACAGAGGAGUUCCAACAGCAGGUGCCAUUGUCAGUCUUCACUACAAAUCCUUGCAGGGUCCAGUACUGCACUCAGGAAAUAAUAAUCUUCAGAGAAGACUUGGUAAACAAGAUGUGCCGGAAUUGUGUCCGAUUUCCUAGUAGCAGUUUGGAUAUUCCUAAUCAGUUUGUAAAGACAAUUUUAUCACAAGGGCAUCUGACUCCAUUGCCCCUUAAUGUUAGCCCUGUCUACUGGGCCUAUGACUACACCUUGAGAACAUACCCUCUGCCAGAUCUCAUUGUCUUUGCCGACAAAUAUGACCCGUUCACCGUGACCAACACCGAUUGCCUCUGCAUAAAUCCUGGAUCUUUCCCAAGAAGUGGCUUUUCAUUCAAAGUAUUCUACCCCUCUAACAAAACAGUAGAGGACAGCAAACUCCAGGGUCUUUGACUCUCAGUCAUGAACAGCAAAUCAAAUAUUCUGAGCUUAAUACUACGGAAGCACUACUUCUAGGAUCAUGGAUUUUUAUUGUAUGCUAGAACUAAUACAGAACUUCUUGUAAAUAAACUUUCAAAUAAUUAAUAGAAUAAGGUUGUUGUUGCAUAUGUGUAUUCAGGCAAGCCUUUGGG